AUGUCGUUCGCCAUCGCCAUGCGCCGAGUGGCCCUCGCGCCCUCGACGCGUACAGUUGCUGCCCGCCGCUUCGAGUCCUCUGCCGCCAGCAAGGCCCAAAGCACCGCAAAGGACACGGCCAACAAGGCCGCACAGGGCCUGACCCGCGUCGCCAGCGCCGCCGGUCCCGCCAUUACCAACGCUGCUAAGGGUGCUUCCGAGGCUUUGGGCAAGGUCGGCGGUCGCACAGGGAGGCUGAUCAAGUUUGUUGAGCGCCAGGUUCCUUUUGUCGUUUACUACACAAAGGUCGGUGUUGAGGUUGCCAAGAUUGUCUUCCGUGGCCAGCAGAUGUCUCCCCCAUCAAUGCAAACCUUCCAGAGCUACUUCCAAAACGUAUGGAAGCAGCUGCAGAACCCGCAAGCCCUCAUGCGCCAGCUGUCGUCCAAGGUCCCUAACCAGAACCCGGUCGAGGCCGUGAAGAACAUCAGCGCAGCUCAAUGGACCGCCGCUGGUGUGCUGGGCGCCGAACUCAUCGGUUUCUUCACCGUCGGUGAGAUCAUCGGCCGCAUGAAGCUCGUCGGCUACCACGGCGAGGUCGAGCACCACCACUAA